AUGUUUUGGACUAUCCUUCUACUUGGUCUUGCAGCAGGCGGAUGGGGCAUUCCUACCUCAUCUCUAUCCAUUGAGCAUGGCAGUCAUAAUGGACUGGACAUUGAGAUCUCCGUCGCACAAGGCCUACUGAAGUCCCCGACUGAUGGCCGUAUCGUGUUGAUGUUCGCACCCAAUGGGACCGAUCCACUCCAAGACACAGAUGUUACUUCUUCGCCCAACUAUAUCUUUGGAAAGAACGUGGUUGGUUUCAGUUCACGGAGGACGAUCGAUUUUGCGGGAGGCAGCAAUCGAAGUACCGAGACCGGAGUAUAUGGAUGGCCUAAAGUCAGCCUCAAUGAAGUGCCACCAGGCACUUAUUCUGUACAGGCCUUCCUCACGAAGUACGAGAGAGCCAAGCGAAGUGAUGGCUCUGUGGUUAGUGUCCGCUUUCCUUGCGGAGAUGGUGCGCCCAAUGUCAACGGCUUCGGGAGUCUAAUCACGAAUGUAACGGGUUUCGAAGUUUUGGGAGGACAGCAAACUCUCAAGCUUGUCUUUGACAACGUGACGGCUGUUGACCCAUUAAGCGGCACGGAGAUUGGCGGUUGCAACCAAGGAAACUACCAGGAUACCGAACUGCUGAAGUACGUCAAGAUUCGAAGCAAACAACUUAGUGCGUUUUGGGGUCGCGAUAUGUACAUUGGUGCAAAUAUCGUUCUACCAGCUGGGUACGAUGCCAAAGAUACGGCUACACGUUAUCCGGUAAUCUAUUCGCAAGGCCACUGGCCCGCAGAUUCGGGUGCUUUUGAGUAUCCCUCAGAUACUGAGUUCGCGGAAGCUUGGAAUAAUGGAACCAUCCCUGCAACGAACAUAACUGCAGCACGACCUGCACCGAAGAUGAUUCUUGUCACUUUUCGCCACGAAGCACCAUUCUACGACGAUUCAUACGCUGUCAACACUGCCAACCUAGGGCCGUACGGUGAUGCUAUCAAUGACGAAUUGAUUCCCCAUAUCGAUAGAAUGUUUAAUACUAUCCGCGCACCAUAUGCACGCAUCCAAGAGGGCGGCUCAACAGGUGGCUGGGAGUCGAUCGCCAACGUAAUUUACAGGCCUGAUCUAUUCGGCGUCUGCUUCUCUUCAUACCCCGACUCACUAGACUUUCAUCGACACCAAGAUAUUGAGCUAUAUACCAACGUCAACGCAUAUCAGCGAGCAAACGGUAGCUUCAUUCCGUCUAUUCGAACGCACCGCAACGGCACCGAAGUUGUUCUGGCGACUACUGCGCAGGAAAAUCAUUGGGAGCUCACGUUCGGCACAGCCUCACGAUCCUUCAACCAGUGGGAUAUCUGGAACGCAGUAUUCGGUAUACAGGGUUACAACAACUAUCCGUUGGAGCCGUGGGACAAGGUUACUGGUGAAAUCUAUGCGGAGGCAGUAGCAUAUUGGAAACCAUUCGAUUUAAGUAAUUACGUUGUUAGCAACUGGAACACAUCCCGCAAUCUUGGUUCAACAUUGGCUGGACGCAUCUACAUUUACGUCGGAACUUGGGACAACUACUAUUUGAACGAGGGCGUACAAGAGUUUCAGAAGCGCACAGAUGCCGUGGGCGGCGCAGGUUGGGCAAACGUUACUAUUUUGCCGGAGAAACCGCACGGUGGUAAUUAUCAAGAUCGAGAUAUAUGGGAUUACCUCGAACUUGUCGAUGGCUGGAUCAAGGACCACGCUCCCGAUGGGGUGUCGCCGUUGUCUUCGAAUGUCACAGCGCCGUCGACGCGAGGGAAUAAUUGGAAGGAGGUUAUCGAGCGAGGCGGCCGACAGGCUGCUAUCGCACGACAAGCUCCACCUGAAAUCCAAUCAAAGGAUGUGCGGGUGGGGACCGAAGUUCAGGCCAGCGUUGGUCGCUGGGAUCCCGGUGUGGCCCUAAAGGCGCAGUGGGCUAUCAAUGGUAGGCCUACCUGCCAGGAGUUCAAUGUCAAGCAAGGUGCGACUGUGACGUACAAGCCAAGAGGGAGAGGGAAGUUGCAACUCUGGGUCACUGGGUCAAAGCGCAAUUAUGCGACAGAGACCAGGCAGAGUAACAAGCUUGUGGUACAGUAA